UUAUUUCUAUUUUGUGAAACAUUUCAAAAUAAGUAUGUAUGAUUGCUAGAGAUGAGAAAGAAAAACACUUACAAGAUGGUUUAUAAAAUAUUAUAAUUACUGUGCACAUACUUUUUAUAAGUAAUUACUAAUUACACUUGAACCAAACAAUCAACACGUUCACAUCAUGUUCGUGAAAAAAGACUUUUGGUCAUUACUGUGCAGGGGGCGAAAGAAGAAAAUAGUCACUUUAGUUUUGAUAUUGUUAUUUCUACUAAAUGCAAUGUUCUAUGUAAGCAUUGAAUUAUACAAUACGAUCAAGAAAAGAACUAACAAUUCUUGGAUGGACAGCUUACGCUAUGACCCAGAUUCAUAUGUGGAUAGCAGUGGUAUGAGGGUCAUAGUUGGACAUUAUGUAGGGGGAAACUCUGGCGGCAAUCUCUCAGCUGAGACAAUAAACUCUAACAACUACAAUCCCAUCAAGGGAGCAGGAGAGGGAGGGAGGCCUGUUCAGAUGUCUCAGAGGGAGAUAAUCACGGCGAGGGAGCUAUACUCCCUGCACUCCUACAAUAUACUAGUGAGCGACAAAAUAUCCAUUAACAGAAGUCUUCCAGAUAUGAGAAGUGAGAGUUGUAAAAAUGUAGUGUAUGAGAUAGAGAACCUGCCCACUGCCAGCGUAAUAAUUGUCUUCCAUAACGAGGCCUGGUCUACACUCAUGAGAACUGUGAUGUCUGCUAUAUUAAGAUCACCACCAGUAUUGUUAAAAGAGAUUAUUUUAGUAGAUGACGCUAGCGAUAGGAAGUAUUUAGGUAAGGAGUUGGAGGAUGCUGUAUCUGGAUUGGACAAGGUGCAGAUAAUCCGGAGUGCGAACAGGACGGGGCUGGUCGGAGCGAGACUGAUGGGUGCUAGAGCCGCCACGGGCAAUGUGCUAGUGUUCCUGGAUGCACAUUGUGAAGUCACAACAGGAUGGUUGGAACCUCUUCUAGAUAGGGCCGGUAGCGACGACGUUUUCAUAUGCCCUCAUAUCGACCUACUGUCGGACGAUACCCUAGCUUACACCAAAAGCAUAGAUGCCCACUGGGGCGCGUUCAGUUGGAGACUGCAUUUCCGGUGGCUGAUGCCGAGCAACGAAGUGUUAAUGAUCAAAGCCAAGAACCCUUCGAAAUCGUACCCUACCCCUGCUAUGGCUGGGGGAUUAUUUGCCGUAAGGAAGAGCCUCUUCUGGCGAUUGGGAGGUUACGACGAAGGCAUGGUGAUAUGGGGGGCGGAAAACUUGGAGCUCUCCUGGCGAGCUUGGCAGUGUGGAGCCAGAGUGGAAAUAACGUCGUGCUCUCGAGUGGGGCAUAUAUUCAGACGACACAGUCCAUAUAAAUACCCUGGAGGGGUUGCCAAGGUAUUAAACUCCAAUUUGGCCCGCGCAGCCACCGUUUGGAUGGACGAGUGGGCGGAAUUUUUCUUCAAAUUCAACCCCUCAGUUGGCAACAUCAGGGACAAACAAAACGUGGCGGAGCGAUACGAGAUAAGAAAGAAUUUGAAGUGUAAAAGUUUCAAGUGGUAUUUAGAAAACGUAUGGCCCCAACACUUCUUUCCGACGGACGAGAGGUGGUUCGGAAGGAUUAAGAAUGAGAAAGGCAGUUGCUUGGGUGUGGCUUCAAGUACCCCAGGCUUAGGUGGCCCCGCCUCCGGAGUGGGGUGCGGCGGAGACUUAGACCUAGAGAGGCUGGUCGUUUACACCCCCGAAGGCAAAAUCAUGGCCGACGAAGGGUUAUGUCUCGAGCAGGGGAACGGGCGAGCCGUUUGGAAGAGUUGCAGCGACAGUAAGAAGCAAAUAUGGGAGCAAAGUGGUCCAAGACUGAAGACGGUGGACGGGUUGUGUUUGAGUGUUGUGUUGAAUGAGAGUAAGGACGGUAUUGGAGAUCCGUUGACAUCGAAGCGUUGUAUGAAUGAUGACAAGCAGAUUUGGCAUUUCGAACGUGUGCCGUGGCGGUAAUAGACAAUAGUGAUACAUAUCAUAGUACAAUUUUUUAAAUGCCUAGACUCUAUAGGACUGUGGAUGCGCCGUAUAAAGGCCGUGCGCACGACAGUCCGUCGACCGCCAUUUGUAUUCCUAGGUCUUUGUUACAACUACCGAGUAUAGUGGUCAAACAGUGUUCUUGGUCAAUCAAAUUGUCUGAGAGCACUGUCUGGCUACUGUACUCGGUAGGUGCAAUCAGGCCCUAUCUUCGACCUUAUCAUACGCAAAAUAUGUUUACACAAUGUUUUGUGGAAGCUCUUUUUUCUCGUUUUUUAUGUUGAAAAUAUUCUGUUUUGUGUAUGUUAUA